GACAUUUCUGCAGAGUCAGCAAAUUCGUUUUGUGUGACGUCAUGGUCACGCAAAUAAUUUGUGCUGAAUCAGCAGGGUUUGAGUUGUCUUCCACCACCACCACUCACUGGCACGAGUGAGUAGCCUUGUCGUGUGGUAGUGCAGCAGAUCACACAUCCUACGAACACCGGUCAGGACGUGAGUGCGCAUAAUCCAUUCCUGGGAAGGUGUUUUGCGCCGUAAACACUCCAUGGGCUUGUUUUGUAUGCAUGGUAAUGGCGGAGAGACGGCAGCCGUACGGCUACCGACCCAUAGGCCACGCGCCCCGCGUGCUCAACGACAGUCUUCCUGAGAGGGAGAGGGAGAGGGCCCUCAACCACAGACAACACCAGAAGAGCAUGAAAUCCUACAAGGUGUUAAUGAUAGGGGAGUCUGGAGUGGGCAAGUCUACACUGGUGGGGAGACUCUGCGAGGACAGGUUCAUGCCUGAACAUCGCCAGUACACACUCGGUAAGUCACUUCUCUCUUGUGAAAGACUUCUUCUAAGUAGUGUUCGGUGGCUCCAAUAAUAAAGCCCUAUCUUUCUUUUCCAUAACCCUAUCCUUGAUAUAGGCA